AUGGAAAUAAAAGAAGAAACUAGUGUAGAUUAUUAUCGUAAAUUAUUAAAUAGUGCAAAAAUCUUUUUAACAGAAGUUGAUGGAAUAAGUUCGACAAAUCGAAGUGAAAGAGUAUCAGUUAGUCAAAGUCGAUCAGAAUCUGAUCAAUCAUCAUCAAUUGAUUCGGAAGAUAUUGAUAAACAAUUAAUAUCAACUCGUCAACGAUGUCAUCAACGUCUUUUAACUUGUUCAAGAAAAAAACUUCGUCUUUUAGCACUUCAACAACAAAAUGAUAAACGACACUUAGGAUUUAAAAAAUUUGUUGAUAAUCUUGAUGAAAAACGAUCUGCAAAUAUUCGUCGAUAUCAAAUUGAAUUACGAGAUUAUCUUUUAAAAAGACUUGAAGCUGAUCGACUUCGACAAGAUCUUCAUUUACUUAAUAUAAAAAUUGAUCAAUUAAAACAAGAAAAACAAUCUUAUUCCAAUGUAAUUGAUAUUGUUCAAAAAGCGAUUCCAUUAUUUCCACCAGGUUUAUUACAAGGAGGUUCAGAUGGUAUUAAAAGUCUUAUAUUAAGAUAUCAAACAUUAGUUGAAACAAAAUAUUAUUUUGAACAAAGAGAUUUUUCUAAAGAGAAACAAGAACGACGACAAGACUUACUAAAAUUAAUUCUUGAACAUAAUACACGAAUAGCCAAAUUAAGUACACGUCUUGCAAAAUUACAUGAUCAAUUAAAUGAUUUACAAAAAAAUGAAUCUAUUAAAGAAGAACAACUCAUUUAUAAUAUUGAUUCAAAAAAAUCAACGACAACAAUUGUUAGUCAACUUGAAUCAUCUAUUAAUUAUCUUUAUGAUCGUUAUCGUCUUAUUCAUCAAAUAAAAACAACUACAACAGAUCAAACAUCAGCACAAAAAUUAUCAACUAUUCAAGAGUUUAUAUUAUAUAGAAUUGAUCUUGUACAAAGAGCAAAACAUUAA